UCUACAACGGUCUAUUUAAUGACACCAUGGCUGGCUAUAUAGCUGCUCGAGUCACAAGAUCUGUCGCUGUGUCGGAAUCAUGUUAGGAAACAUCGCGCUUCUCGUGUUGUCGUGUGCCGCCUGCCAGGCCUUCAUAUUAGGGAGAAAUCAGUCUCACUGGGAUGGUUUAAAAGUGACAUGGAGCAUCAAUCCCUUGACCAUGUUCCAGGGUGUACCCAGAACCAUACCGGAAGCGACCAGUCACGGAUGGGUCAAGAUGGACACUGGCACCACCUGUCAAAACGGCCCAUUCCUCGGCGAGAGGUUCUGGAAGGACGGAGACCUGGGUGUGAUCCUGUUGUUUGACGUCCAUGGUUACAUAGCGGGCAUACAGGCAGGGAUCGAGAAGAAUUACAGCCCCAACCCGAACCACUUCCCGUUCCCUCCCCUGGUGAGCCACCCAAUGGUGGCACAUGGGACCCGCUUCUACAUCACAGCCUACUUUGUUCCGACAGAUAAGAUCUGCAGUACCGGACGUACCGAGACGGAGUUCCGGACGCAGGGCACGGGGAGUGGUCUGUGGAUCCAGAACGGAACGAACCCGCUGACGGACUCAAGGGCCAUCCCCAUGACCAUUGAGGCUGCCCGCGUUAGUCGGUGGACCGAGGGAAAGUGCUUCGCUACCAUGGGAGUACAUUUCUGGUAUAAUAUCCACAAGGACAUGUCGUGUGAAAACUUUUACCCGAUGUUCCUGCUCUACAAUGGCGGCGUUCUAAACGGUUUCGGUUGGGCGUUUAUGAUGAACAUCCAGUCAUCCAAGCGUCUGGAACAUCCGGGCCAGAACGUAUAUGCAAGCUUCAUGAAGGAGGUUCCCACGUGUAUGAAUAGUAUGGGGACGAUAACCACGCUGCACAUAUACCUAACGAGCAGCGCCACGGCCGACAACUGCUAGCUAGCCGACGACGUUAUCACGUGACGGAAAGUGUCCAAUCCAGUGAGCAGCUUGUGGGUUUCCGGAAGAACAAAUAUGACCUUUUACAAAGUGUGUACACAAUUGAACACAGCGGGGAUUAUUUCGUGUUUUUACCUAACUUUUGGUUAUGUAAAUAAGUUCACAUUAUGCAUCAGUCAAUAAAUAAAAUGCACCUUA